UACAGUAUUUGAUUGAUAGAUUUUGAUGGACUAAAUCACGACUGUUGACUUGGGUACUGGUGUACAGUACUAAACUUCAGAAUGGUUACUCGCAGUUAGGUUUAUCCCGCCUUCACGUUUUACUCUAUUAAUCUACUUAAUCUCGACAACUUUCCUUGUGUUUUAAAGUUAUUUUUCCCUAACUACCGGGAAGUACGAGUCUCUAUCCCGUGACGGUUCCAUGAUGAAUUUAUGAGGGAAGCCGUAAAAUGUCGUGUUGGCUUGUGGCCUUGUGUGGAUUCGUAAUCUUUGAGUUGUACUAUUUCUUUCGAGGUGCCACGACGGCUUUAAUUGGUCAAGUGCGGCGACCGUUGAAUAUAUCUGAUGAGGCCAACUUGUAUGGCAUAUGUACGCUCAACGAUGUGGAUUUUUUCGGCAACCACAUGAACAACGCGCGUUUUCUCAGGGAAUUGGACUUCGCCAGGAUUGACUUUUUUGUUCGUUUGGGGGCAUUGAGGAUUAUUCGGGCUGCAGGAAACACGGUGUGGGUUGGCGCAUCCACCAUACGAUACCGGAAACCGAUUUACCUGUUCUCUCCCUAUCGAAUCCGAACGAGAAUCGCUCACUGGGACAGCCACGACGUGUACUUGUCCCACAGAUUUGAAUCUCUGAACGGUUUCGUCCAUGCCAUCGGAUAUUCGAAACUGGUUAUCCCGAAGGUGGAAAUCCCCGAAUUGAUCAAUAGGGCUUCACUCGGUCCAGUAGAUAUCCCGGUUCCUGACGAAGCACUGAAAGCUUGGAUCGCCUACUUGAAUUCCGACAGGCAGCAAUUGUACGACGAGCUCGGGCAUCAGCCCGAGAAGUCGAAAGUAAAUGAUACGAAUGCCGUUGCGUCGUAG